GAUACUGACCUCCAUUUUGUUUAUUUUCCUGUGAAUAUAAUUGUUCUGUCGCCGCAAAUUAGUUGAAUUAUUGCGACAAGAACGUAACUAUAAAUUUUUUAUAUAAGAUAAAGUUGGUUUGAGCGAUUUAAAGAAUCGUAUAUAUGGUUGAAGCGUGUACCCCUCGCCUAGAGGGUUUUGAAAACCGCAGACAUUGGGCGCAUCGCGAGUAAGCACUUUGUCAAAUUGACGACUGUCUCCAGCAAUAAAAAUUGUAUUCAAAACCAGUUAAAUAAUUUCAACACCAUUGAUAUUAACGAGAAGCUUCAACAUUUAAGCCUGAAAAAGAACAAAGGCAAUUCGCCACCAGGCAAUAAAGAAACACAAGGCGGUAUCGAGACGCCGCCCCAAAGUGGUGUCGAGAUGAACCACGUGACGGGGCAGGAAAAACGACUUGUGAUUCCUCCUACUCAUGCAAAUGAAGUAGAAGAAAUGGACACACAUGAAGUCGAAUCUGUCGAAUCAGUCACAGAUGCAGGAGGUGGGGAUAGUGCAUUAGAGACAGGAAUGGUAUUGGGUGCUAUAGGACCACAACCCAUGGCAGAUGCCCAAACAGGCGCUGGUGUAGGUGCAGCACAAGCAAAUCAGGAUGCGGAAAUGGAUGAAGAUGAAGCACGUUCCGAAGCGACAUUCAGCUUCACAGUCACUAAUUUUAGUAGAUUGAAAGAAUCAGUGUUAUCGCCACCAUGUUAUGUAAGGAAUUUACCAUGGAAAAUAAUGGUUAUGCAACGGACAAGUCAAACACAAGAUAGAUCUGCUCAAAAAUCAUUGGGAUUUUUUCUACAAUGCAAUGGUGAAAGUGAAAGUAGUUCAUGGUCAUGUUAUGCAGUGGCCGAAUUGCGAUUAUUAUCAUAUCGACCAGAUGUCGAACCAUUCUCUAGGAAAAUACAACAUUUAUUUUAUAGUAAAGAAAAUGAUUGGGGGUUUUCACAUUUUAUGGGGUGGAAUGAAGUUCUGGAAUCUGAUAAAUGCUUUGUCAAAGAUGAUUGUAUUACGUUAGAGGUGCAUGUCAAUGCCGAUGCUCCACAUGGUGUAUCUUGGGAUUCAAAGAAACAUACGGGAUACGUUGGUUUAAAAAAUCAAGGCGCUACAUGUUAUAUGAACUCAUUAUUACAGACUCUGUAUUUUACAAAUCAACUACGAAAGGCUGUUUAUAAAAUGCCAACAGAAUCGGAUGACAGCACUAAAUCAGUUGCCCUAGCUUUACAGCGAGUAUUUCAUGAAUUACAAUUUUGUGAUAAACCAGUUGGCACUAAAAAAUUGACUAAAUCUUUUGGUUGGGAGACAUUAGAUUCAUUUAUGCAACAUGAUGUUCAGGAAUUUCUUAGGGUGUUAUUGGACAAAUUAGAAAGCAAAAUGAAAGGUACGUGUGUUGAGGGCACUGUACCAAAACUGUUUGAAGGAAAAAUGGUAUCCUAUAUCAAAUGUAAGAAUGUUGCAUACACAAGUACACGUGUUGAAACAUUCUACGAUAUACAAUUGAACAUCAAGGGGAAGAAAAACAUUGAGGAAUCAUUUAAAGAUUAUAUUGCUCGUGAAACAUUAGACGGUGAUAACAAAUAUGAUGCUGGCGAACAUGGAUUACAAGAUGCUGAAAAAGGUGUUAUAUUCUCGUCAUUUCCACCAGUACUUCAUUUACAUUUGAUGAGGUUUCAAUACGAUCCAAUCACCGAUUGUUCUGUCAAAUUUAACGACAGAUUUGAAUUUUAUGAGCAUAUAUCUUUAGAUGAAUAUUUACAAGACAACGAAUCAACCCCAGCAGAUUAUACCUUGCAUGCAGUAUUGGUACACUCUGGUGACAAUCAUGGUGGACAUUAUGUUGUAUUUAUAAAUCCAAAAGGUGAUGGUAAAUGGUGUAAAUUUGAUGAUGACGUUGUAUCUAGGUGUACAAAGCAAGAGGCAAUCGAACAUAAUUACGGUGGUCAUGACGAAGACAUGAAUUUAACCGUAAAACAUUGUACCAACGCAUAUAUGUUAGUCUACAUACGUGAUAGUCAAUUAAGUACAGUACUUCAAGAGGUGACUGAAGCAGACAUCCCUAGUGAACUUAUUGAACGAUUAGCGGAAGAGAAACGUUUAGAACAAAUUCGUCGUAAAGAACGUAACGAAGCUUACUUAUAUAUGACAGUAAAUGUACUCCUUGAAGAUGCCUUUGAUGGCCAUCAAGGUAAUGACUUGUACGACUCUGAGCGUGCAGCUUAUCGGGUAUAUCGUGUGCGAAAACAAGCGACUGUUGUUGAACUAUUAGAAACAUUAGCAGAUAGUUUACGUUAUCCACCUGAGCAGAUACGGCCAUGGCCAUUUAGUCAACGUUCUAACACCACAUGUCGACCAACUUUAUUAGACAUGGAAGCAGAUUUACAUAAAACUGUUAUGGAUGCCAGUGAAAAUCAAAAUCCAUGGACAAUUUUCCUUGAAUUAUUACCAACUGAUUCGGGUCUAACAGCUCUGCCACCUUUUGAUAAAGAUAGUGAUGUAUUAUUAUUCUUCAAAUUAUACGAUCCAAAACAGAAAAAGAUCCACUAUUGUGGUCAUCAUUAUUUACCCGUAAAUUGUCGGGUUUCGGAAUUAAUUCCAUUAUUAAAUGAACGCGCGGGUUUCCCUCCAGAUACACCGUUAGCAUUAUAUGAAGAAAUUCGUCCAAAUAUGACUGAACGUAUAACAAAUUUAAAUGAACCUUUGGAGAAAGUUCUAGAAGAAUUAAUGGAUGGUGAUAUCAUUGUUUUUGAGCGUGACGAACGUGAUGAAUCUUGUGAAUUACCUACAUGCCAAGAUUAUUUUAAAGAUUUGUAUUAUAGAGUUGAAGUCACAUUUGUAGAUAAAACGAUACCAAAUGAUAUGGGUUUUACAAUGGAAUUAUCACAGCGAAUGACGUACGAUCAAAUCGCUCGAGCCGUGGCGCAACGCGUUGGCACCGAUCCAUAUUUAUUGCAAUUUUUUAGAUGUCAAAAUUAUAAAGAUAGCCCUGGACAUGCACUCCGGUGUACAUUUGAAGGUACCCUAAAAGAUUUAUUAGUGCAAUGUAAACCAAAAACACCGAAAAAAUUAUACUAUCAACCAUUGAGUAUCCGAGUCAACGAAUUGGAGAAUAAGAAACAGUUUAAAUGUAUAUGGGUUGGUCCUAAAAUGAAAGAGGAAAAAGAGUUAAUUUUAUAUCCAAAUAAAUGUGGUACAGUAGCGGAUUUACUCGAAGAGGCAAAAAAACAAGUGGAAUUUUCUGAAGGUGGUUCCGGUAGAUUACGAAUAUUUGAAGUGAAUUCUAAUAAAAUAUCACCGGGUCCUAAAGAGGACACACCAUUAGAAUCAUUACCAUCUACAAAACAAUAUAGGAUCGAAGAGGUGCCUCGGGAUGAAUUAUUGUUACAAGAUGAUGAAAUUUUGAUGCCAUGUGCACAUUUUCAAAAAGAUACAUUCUCAACAUUUGGUAUACCAUUUUAUAUAAAAAUUAAACAAGGUGAUACAUUUGGACGUGUUAAAGAACGUAUGCAAAAGAAAUUAGCAAUACCAGAUAAAGAAUGGGAGAAAUUCAAAUUUGCGUUGGUGAUUUUAGGAAGGCCUCAAUUUAUUACUGAUGAUGAUUAUAUAAUUAAUAUCCAGGAUUUGAAAGUACAUCCAAAUCAAGCAACACCACGACCAUGGCUAGGAUUGGAGCACAUUAACAAAGCUCCCAAACGAUCCCGCUUAAAUUAUCUCGAGAAAGCUAUUAAAAUAUACAAUUAGGUAAACAUCACACCACGUCACUCUAAUUUAACAACAUAAACAAAAACAAAAAAAAAUACAAAAAUAAAAAACAAAAAAAAGUAAAAACACAUGCAGAUUGUUAUUAUUGUAUUAAUUAAUUAAUUAUUCGUUUUGAAUUUAUUUUGAGAAGAAAAGAAGUCGUCAUUGAGAGUUACUGAACUCUCUUCACAAACAGUCUUUUAAAUAAACUUAACUGUGUGUGCCGUGUCCUUCACUCCACAUCCCUCUAACAAUCCUUCAUUACACAUUAAAACUGAUGCCCAAACUUCUUAACCAUCCAUAUUUUUAAUUUGUUUUUUUAAAUAAAUAAAAUAGACUGAGCAUGUUCCUAAUGGGCAAAUUUACACAAAUCAUGGGAACGACGAAAAAAAUCGAUUAAAUAUUCUCUUAAAUUUUCUUUUUUGUCAAAUAGUUACGCUUAGCUAGUAAUUUAUAUAAUUUUUUUAACAUCCAAUUUAAGUUUUUGUUGUUUAAAAAAAAAAUAUUCGCUUCGAUCCAUUCAAUUUUAUAUAAAAAAAAUGAUAUUUUCGAAUAAUAAAUUUUAUUGUUCGGUAAAUGGAAUUAUGUUGUAUAAGAAUGUAUUAAAUUAUAUAAAUAUUUUGAGGUCUUUA